AUGUGUGGAUUAUUGCAGAAAAUUGUCCCGAAAUUAGGUGCCCAAAAACAUAGUCAAGUUAUAGAGAAGUUAAUCCAAACUACAGUUUGUACAAUAUGUCAUGAUUAUAUGUAUGUGCCAGUGAUGACGGCCUGUGGUCACAACUAUUGUUAUUACUGUAUUUCUAAUUGGUUAAACAACAAUUCAGGAGAAUUAAGUUGCCCACAAUGUCGAGCAAGUAUUUCAACUAUGCCUGCACUGAAUGUAACUUUACAACAAAACCUUGAUUCACUCCUUGAUGUUCUGGAUAAGUCUGAGCUUGAGGUUACGGCUCUUCUGGAUGCGAAGGAAGAGUGUCUAACAGAAUACAAAAAUGAUCUAGCAAACAAUGAGUUGUACAGGAAAGUGUUUGAUAACACUGCUAUGGCUGUGAUUGACGAUGAGGAUGGUGUAGCACGCUGUAGUAACUGCAACUGGGAGGUGGAGGGUCCUGUUUGUCCGCACUGCAAUGCAAGGAUGAGAAAUAGAGUUAACGAGGAUAUCUUAAACAGUGACGAAUAUUCAGAGGGAGAGCUUGAGGAGCUACAUAAUGAUGUUGAAGAGUACAGAGUGCGUUCCGCGGAACUUAUACAAAAUUUAGAGGCCGUUGUAGGCAACGACAGCGAUGAAAGCUUGGCUGAUGCCCUUGACAGAAGGUUCCCAAUACGACAGCCGCGAGACUUUUUACAUUCAGAGGCGAGUGACGAUAGCUCGGAUAAUUAUAGCGAUAGUAGGUACUAUCCUGAAAGCCGUUCGAGAAGAAAGUACAGUCAGUCAGACGAAGAUGAGUCUGACGGUGACUUAGAUGGCUUCAUAGUUAGCGAUGAAAGAGAAGGCAACGAAAGUGAAGACAGUAACACAGACACUGCAAGUUCGCCUGUGCGGUUAAAUACCGUAACAGCACCUUCUAUAAGCCGAUUUUCCUCAGAUAGCGACAAUAGUGAGGACGACAGUGAAAUCGAGCUGCUUGAGGCUCGAACCGCAACUACAACUGAAAUUCUACUUAAAGUUGACAAAAGCGAUAAAGAGCAAGAUUUAGAUUCCAUGGAUGGCAAGGAUAGUGACUAUUAUGAACAUCACGAUGAAGAAGGCUUUGUUAGCGGAGAUUCGCUUGAUGACAAAGUUCAAAUUAGUAGCCAGAAGCGUUCAAGAACGAUGAAGCAUGAACGCAAAAGAAAAUUCAUGGUAAUUGAAAGCGAUGAGGAGUGA